AUGUUCAACAUAUGUAUAGCUUCGCCCAGGCGGAAGGUGGUUGUUAGAUUGCCGAAAUUGCCAACCGUUUUAGUCGUUCGUAAAGCGCCGUAUGAAAAGGUAUCCUACACUGGGAAACUGAAGGCACCUAUGCACGGCACAAUAGUAUAG